GAAAGAAAUGUACCAUGUUGGUCAGAUUGCAGCACACGAAGACAGAUACACAGUGAAGCGCAUCGAAAAAGACAGGCAGUGUUCAUCACUAUAGGAUGCACUGGCCCAUGGAGCUGCUUCCAUUGCCCCUCUAUGCUGAGCUGGGGGCCCAUCCUCUAAGUGGUCUCCUUUGGACCUUGCUACUCCUCUUCCUAUGGUACUGUUACAGGGUGGGCUCUGACCCUCCAGCACCAGGACGAGCCCACCCGGGGAAGCACAAGUCUAGUUCCAGGUGUUCUGUGACCCGCGCCAGUAGCUGUGCCAGAGCAGAGUGUGGUGCCACAUCAAAGGUGGACACCAGCGAUCGUGGGACUCCCUGCAUUAGCAUGGAGACAGGGGAGGAGGAAGAGCAGGGGCGAGGUUACCUGACCCCUGUGUUGAGUAAUGCCUUGUUUCCAGCACAGGCCACAGCUAGUGGCAGGAAGUUGUAUGCAGCACUUCAGGAGUAUGCCAAGCGCUACAGCUGGGCUGGUAUGGGACGCAUUCAUAAAGGACUCCGUGAUCAGGCAAAAUUAAAUGAUUGGUCUUCCAUCCAAAAGCCUCAUCUCUUCUACCUACCAGAUGUCCCCAGCAUUCCUUUUUUCCCACGUGAUGCACAUCGACAUGACAUUGAGGUUUUAGAGGCCAAUUAUCCUAUAAUCCUUGAAGAAUUUCAGACGGUUUACCAGAGAGGCAUUGACCCUAAAUUGGGCUGGACCGGCUUGGGACCUAAGGGCCAAGCCGUGUUCUCCUUGUACAGCGCAGGCGUUUGCAUAGCAGAGAACUGCCGUUCCUGUCCCUGCACCUACCGCACUCUUCUCUGCCUACGCACCUUCAUAAGUAGCAACUCCCUGGGGGCAGCCGGGUUCUGGCUGCUGGGGCCUGGGGCCACACUAGGGGGAGUGUAUGGCCCCACUAAUACACGACUACGUUGUCACCUUGGAGUGCAGACCCCACCUCAGUGUGAGCUGGUGGUGGGAGGAGAGCCUCAGUGUUGGUCGCAGGGACACUGCCUCCUGGUGGAUGACUCCUUCCUACACACGGUGUCCCAUAACGGUGUUCCAGAGGAUGGGCCACGAGUGAUUUUCAGUGUUGAUCUUUGGCAUCCAAAUGUAGCUGCAGCAGAAAGACAGGCCCUGGACUACAUUUUUUGCCCUGAACAAUGAACUACAACUUCCACUGUGCACACAUUCUAGUUCUGCUCCAUCUUUCUAUGAUAUGAGAUUCUAUCAUUGCCCAAUUCUAGGGAAAUCCCAAAUCCAUACUCGUCUGCUUCUCAAAACCCAUUCCACAUGAUCGUUAGAGGAGUUUCAAAGAGUAUUGAAAAGGAGAUUAUUGGAUACGUAAGGAAUAUGCAGUUUUCAUUCCCUUAGACUAGAGGACAAUCACUGUUUAAAUGAUCACAGCUUUUUGAUAGUUUACAUCAUCUAGCAUGAUACAAACAAAAGUCAUAUUUAUUUUUUUUGUAAUUUUUUUGGGUCAUACUGUAUUUGUUGGAUUUAUGUUAAGGGUUUUGUACAACAAACAUGCUUUGCACAAACGUGCUGAACUUCAGUCACACUACAAAUUAGUAAAUGUACCAUAAGUAACUGUUGAAACUGUGAUGAAAAAUGUGAAUUAACUCCUGUUUUAUUACUGGUGUUAUUCAUUAUUCAUUGUGCCUGAUGUUUAUUUGAGGUGAACCCCUUUUUGGACUCUGAUAGAAGUUUUUAAUUAUGUUUGACUUUUCUUUUAAUGGGCAUGCAAAUGCUAAAUGAUAUGGUACUGAAAAGCCUAAACAGAAAUUAUACUCUCAGAAAAAAAAGGUUUUAUUUAGAAUCCUUAAUGUUUUUUUUAUCUGUCCCUGUGUGUGUUAUAGUGUGCAAGAACAAAGAGUUCUUAAGAGUGUUUUCAGCCAAAUAAACCUUUUUUUAUGCAAUGUAGCAUUGAGGAUGCAUGUCUUGCACUGUAUGUGACUAUUUAUCAGUGUAAUAAAAGUAUCCAAAUAUGCUCUCAUUGAUUAUUUUAUUAAAGUUGAGUCAUUUAGAAGACUUGACAUGGGGGCAAUUAGAAAGGUUGAACACCAGACAGGCUGCAGCAUUCUGAAUGAAGAUUGAAGUUGCUAAACCUGUGCCACUUCUUAUGUGAGUAAAUGGCUUGAGUUACAUGUUAAUUGUAAAGUACCGGUAUUUUUAUAGAUUCAUACACUAGAACCUGUAAACAGUGUGAAAAAUAAUACAGUGUAAAUACAGAGCCAAAACUACUAAAAAAACAACUGCUUUUGAACGUGACUGUAUAAACAAAUGAGCAUACUUAACAAUAUGAUUUGAAGACCCCGAUGCAUUUUUGAAUAUAUUUAUCAUAUUGUACAAACAAGUUGAAUAAUUCAUAGCAGCUGUCACUGCUACAUCUAUAAAUAUGUCAGAAAUAGUUUCCCUGAAAAUCCUCUUCAGGGU